AUGGUGGGCAUCUGUGUCAAGGGCAGAGAAAAUUGCUUCUUUUUUUUUUUUUUAUUCCCCCAGGUGUUUGUUUUUGGACUAAACUGUAGUAAUUGUUUGGGGACUGGAGAUAAUCAGAGCACAAUAGUACCGAAGAAAUUAGAAGCCUUAUGUGGAAAGAAGAUUAGCAGCCUUGGUUACGGAAGUGGACCUCAUAUUGUACUUAGCACUGAAGAUGGUGAAGUUUAUGCUUGGGGACACAAUGGUUACAGCCAGCUUGGGAAUGGCACAACCAAUCAGGGCAUUACUCCUAUUCAAGUAUGUACCAAUCUCCUAGUAAAGAAAGUGAUUCAGGUAGCAUGUGGCUCUCACCAUUCUAUGGCCUUAUCAUCAGAUGGAGAUGUAUAUGCCUGGGGAUAUAACAACUGUGGUCAAGUUGGAUCUGGAUCUACAGCGAAUCAACCAACUCCUCGUAAAGUCUCAAAUUGUUUACAGACUAAAAUGGUUGUUGGUAUUGCUUGUGGUCAAACUUCCUCCAUGGCUGUAGUAGAGAAUGGUGAGGUAUAUGGAUGGGGUUACAAUGGUAAUGGUCAGCUAGGUCUUGGAAACAAUAGCAAUCAGCUAACUCCAUAUAGAGUGACAGCCUUGCAGGGUGUCUGUGUGCUUCAGAUUGCCUGUGGCUCUGCGCAUACACUAGCACUAACAGAUGAGGGUUUGCUCUAUUCCUGGGGAGCUAACACUUAUGGGCAGCUGGGAACUGGCAAUAAAAAUAACCAGCUAAGCCCAACGCACAUCAUGAUGGAAAAGGAAAGGGUUGUAGAGAUUGCAGCCUGUCACUCUGCUCACACUUCUGCUGCCAAGACCCAGAGUGGCCAGAUAUACAUGUGGGGCCAGUGCCGUGGCCAGUCUGUGAUUAUUCCACACCUUACUCAUUUCACCUGCACUGAUGAUGUAUUUGCUUGUUUUGCUACUCCUGCUGUGAUGUGGCGUCUCCUUUCAGUAGAGCAUGAAGACUCUUUAACAGUAGCUGAAUCUCUUAAGAAAGAGUUUGACAGCCCAGAAACCUCAGACCUAAAGUUCCGUGUUGAUGGAAAAUACAUUCAUGUUCAUAAAGCUGUUCUGAAAAUCAGGUGCGAACAUUUCAGAAGCAUGUUCCAGUCGUAUUGGAAUGAGGACAUGAAGGAGGUGAUAGAAAUAGACCAGUUUUCUUACCCAGUAUAUCGUGCCUUCCUUGAGUAUCUAUACACAGACAGCGUUGAUCUGCCACCUGAAGAUGCUAUAGGACUUUUGGAUUUGGCCACAUCUUACUGUGAAAACAGAUUGAAAAAACUAUGUCAACACAUUAUCAAAAGAGGAAUUACUGUGGAAAAUGCAUUCUCAUUGCUCUCUGCUGCAGUCAGAUAUGAUGCAGAGGAUUUAGAAGAAUUCUGCUUUAAGUUUUGUGUCAAUCAUUUGACAGAAGUGACACAGACUGCAGCAUUUUGGCAAAUGGAUGGCCCUCUGCUAAAGGAAUUCAUUGCUAAAGCUAGUAAAUGUGGAGCCUUUAAGAACUGAAGCACCUGGCUGUAAGUUUUGGAUGAUGUAAGGUCUUAUGAUUAUAGUUGGUGUGCUGUAUUUAUCUGCAACAGGCUGAUAAACAAAAAACAAAAGCAAGCCAAAAAACCUAUUCCUUUUUAUUUAUACCAGAGGGUGUAAAACUCUAUAGAAAUGCACCAAAAAAGAAUGUUCUGUGUCCUGUAUCUAUGCUUUAAGAGUGAACAGUGGUAAUUCAAGUCAAACUUUCAGUCACAUUGGCAAAUCUGGAACUCUAGACGUUGUUUUGAGAUGGCUGUAGUCCUAAGGGAGGGAAAACUGAAGCAUGAAGAUCUUGAGCGCUGAAGAUUCAUCUGUUGCUACCAGGAACUGGAAUUUCGUAACAUCAUGAUCCAUUAAUAUUUUUAAUAAAGUUUGAGCUACCAUCAUUUGGUUUUGGGGAAUUCCAGCAUAGUCUGCACCAAACCCUUGAAAUGUUUCAUGUGAAAUUCUAACCCUAUGGGCUUAUGAAGGAGCAGAUAGGACUGAUUUAUUUUUAUUGUGGUUGCAUGAUUAUGAACUUGUUUGUAAUUUGCUGUGUAUAAAUCACUAAGUAUAUUCAAGGCUUAGAAGAAAUUGGAAAAAAGAAGUAGCUACAAAAUAUUUUCAAAGAACUCCUCAGUCCUUAGAGGUAAUAUAUGUAUUUAGCUAUAAGUUAAGGAGGUACCUUACCACAAAUGGUAGUGUAGUCUACUUCUGUGCAAACAGUAGAUAUAAUGAUAAUUGAAAGAUGCAGUUCCCUGUUUGUGAUUUGUCCCCAGAAGUAUCUUUUGAAAUAAAGGGGGUGGGGGGGAGUGGGGACAUAAGACUACUGUUGGAAAGUGUUUUUUGCACUGAAGUAUUGUAUUAAAAAUUACUUGUAAUAAAAUUGCCAUUCUUUUCAAAUCA